UCGUCGCGUGUGUGUGUGUUCGUGCCUUCCUCGCGUGUGUGUGUGUGUGUGACCAAGUGUGACCCAAGUGUCGCGUGUGCUUACACCCUUUACACCCCCCGCCAGCCCGCCCAAUUCGUCAAGAUUCUGUCCUCACUGUGGACAACGCCGUCGCAGCUUGCGACGGGCGGCGCCAACAGCAGCAGCGACACCAGCUCCAGCUCGAAGACCUCCAAGUUCAAGAUCACCGUCGUGAGCACACCCAGCCCCUCGCCCGGUUCGCCGCCGCCCACGCCGCCCCUCCACGCCCACAGCUCCCACAUGGUCGAGACGAACUCUCCACCGGCGGGCUACGUGCUCAAGCGCUGUGCCAGUGAUCUCGGCGAGCCGCAGCACCAGCAGCAACCGCCUCGCCAGCUGCAACGCUCCCGCUCCCCCGCCAACAACGCGAGCAACGCUGCCUACCAUCUGACCACCGCCAUGCUGCUCAACUCCCAACAAUGCGGCUAUCUAGGCCAGCGUCUGCAAUCCGUGCUGCAACAGCAGCAGCAACAACAACAGCAGCAGCAGCAACCACAGUCACAGACUCCUUCCUCCGACGAUGGCUCGCAGUCCGGUGUGACCAUUUUGGACGAGGAGCGUCCUCGCGGUGUUAGCGGACCAACUGCAGCAUCUGCGGCUGCCGCCUCGCUAUUCACCAUCGACAGCAUUCUCGGCUCCCGCAGCGUGGCAGCCGCUGCCGCCGCCGCUAACAACAGCAGCAAUAACCAUAACAACAACAACAGCGCCAGCAACAACAGCAAUAAUAACAUCAUCAGCAACAACAACAACAAUAACAGCAGCCUCAAUGGCAACCUCACAUUGGGUCUGGGCAUUGGAAAACGCAGCACGGAAUCUCCCGCCUCGCCCAACUCCAAUUCCAGUUCGAGCGCCGCCGCUAGCCCCAUUCGACCGCAGCGGGUUCCUGCCAUGCUGCAGCAUCCCGGUCUGCAUCUCGGACAUCUGGCGGCAGCGGCGGCCAGCGGCUUUGCUGCCUCGCCCUCGGACUUCCUAGUUGCCUACCCCAACUUCUAUCCCAAUUACAUGCAUGCCGCGGCCGUUGCCCACGUCGCCGCCGCCCAGAUGCAGGCGCACGUCAGUGGACACGGAGCCGCGGCAGCUGCCGCCGCUGGACUCGGCGCCCAUGGCCACCAUCCUCAUCAUCCGCAUGCUCAUCCGCAUUCCCAUCUCUCUCAUCACGCUCAGCAUCACUUGGGCCUCGGCCAUCUUGGACAUGGACCGCCGCCGAAGCGCAAGCGUCGCCAUCGCACCAUCUUCACUGAGGAGCAGUUAGAGCAACUGGAAGCGACGUUCGACAAGACGCACUAUCCCGACGUUGUGCUACGCGAACAGCUCGCUCUCAAAGUGGACCUCAAGGAGGAGCGUGUCGAGGUGUGGUUCAAGAAUCGACGCGCCAAGUGGCGGAAGCAGAAGCGCGAGGAGCAGGAGCGACUGCGUAAGCUGCAGGAGGAGCAAUGUGGCAGUACAACCACCGCCAACAACAACAACAACAGUGGCAGCAGCAGCAACAACAGCAGCAACAACUCCAAUGGCAACAAUCAGAGCAGCAGCAACAAUAGUGGGUCAACAGCUGGAGGAGGAGGAUUGGGAGUCGGAGUCGGAGUCAAGUGCUCGCCGGAGCAUUAUGCGACGCAGCUUGUGCACAUCAAGAGCGAUCCGAAUCACUACAGCGAUGCGGAUGAAUCCUCCGACCUGGAGGUGGCCUAAGCACCUCCCUUCCCCGUUCCCUCUACUCCUCUGUAAAUACGCCUCACCCAGUUUUUUGUUUUGUAUAUAAAUAAGCAAAUAGCAAUUAAUCGAAAAAAAAACCUGUUGUUAGUUCAAGUUGCGAGCAAACGAAGCUGCAGCGGAUUAGCCAAAUGUACAGUCACUAAAUCUAUGUGUAGUCCUAUGUAUGUGUGUGUGCGAGAGUGUGUAUGUAUAUGUGUAUGUGUGUAUGUAUCUGUGUGUGCUUGCCUAUUUUUAUCUAGUUGUUUUCGUGUCAUUGUCCAAAGUAAACAAGUAAAAAGUAAACGAAGUAAAUAAAUUAAGUACGCAUUGUAAACCCCAACCCCACAACAACUAUCGAUAACGAUAGUCUUGAUAACUGUAACUGUAAUGUUAAAACCUUAACUUAUUGAGCCACAAACAAAUCAACACAACAAUUAUU